AUGGGAGCAGAUGGACGGGGGAAAGUACGUUAUGUUGGAGGAUGGGCUAUAAGGAAAUCAAUAGAAAAAUCGCGCAGGUAUAUUUAAUUUGACUGAUCAGUACAACUUAGAUAGUGUUCGAACUAUAUUCGGAAAGAUCAGGCUUUUAACUGUUGAUUGGCAUAUUUUUCAUGCCAGAAGGAUAAAAGUGAGCAAGUACGAGUCCGAUGAAAAUUGUUAGUCAGAAUCGCAUACUUUCACCGUUGAGAGUUGGGUCUAAAACCAUUGAAAAUUUACUCCCCUUAGGACUUAAUUGAUGAAUUUCACUUGCUCACUUUUUAUCCAUUUGAAAAACAUAUCAUUCAACAGCUCUAUUGAACAAUUGAAUAAUUGAAACGAUCUAUUGAAUAAUUGAAACGAUCUAUGAAUUUAUUUUUAUAGAUAUGUUCAUGAAAACAAGUUGUCACAAUCAUCACUUGUACGGAGAAAGAUAGCGCACGAAAUGAAGAAAAUAGAACUGCUUGAAAACAACGUGCUUGUUAACCACGAAGUUCUGCAGGAGUCUACGACUAGUCUCGAAACUCUGCACGUAAUUGAGUCACGCCAGUAUCGAGAGAGAGGCUUGUUACAUAUCAGUGACGCUGCAUACUCCUUCUUUCUGUUGCUGGAACAAGAGCGUGUUGAUAGGAUUAAUUUUUCCAAGUUGGCCGCCUUACAAAAGGAUAUGGUAGAUACUUCUAUCAAAGAAGUUUUAUGGAGUAAAUCUCUCUUUUUACAUUUUAAAAAUGUAUCAACUCUGAGGGUACUGCUGACAAGGUAAAAAGAGUUACUAUAGCAUUUGUGUGCAUGCAUGAUAAACUGCAUGGGGAAAUGAAAUCUUAUAUAUAGGUACUGUAUACUACAGCAUAAACAGAUUAUGCAUAUGGAUUAUUAAUUCGACUAAAAAUGUUCCGCGCGUAUUGUCUUCAAGGAAAUGUUAAUUGUUACAUAUUUAAAAAUUAUUCUAGGAAUUGACCAUGGAGAUAUAUUGUGACGUCAUAACGUGCUAUUUGAAGAUGGGUGCCGGCCAAUUUUUGCGAGAUUUUCGACGCGACUACCAUUUAAAGAAAUCACUGGCCCAUCGAAAAUCGUUAAUGUCGAAAAAAGAAAAAGCAAGAAAAGCUCGGAUGAAGGUUCAUCUAGCUCAAAUCGAACAAGACAGAAGCGAGAGAAAACGAUCGUCCCACAUCCGUCUCUUGGCCCUCAUCAACGAGUUAAAGGAAGAUGUUGGCACGCUAUACAAGAAGGCAGAGUUACAACACAUGUGCGACGUGUAUGGAGUAAGAUACCUCAAGAGCUGGCAUAAGGGUAAACUGUCAAAAGCAUUAACCCAAGUAAUCCCUACGUACGACCAUAUUCCUCGUCAUCAGAUAACAUCAACCUAUGUUAUUCAAGCAACAGAGUUCGAUGCACUCGACCGAAUUCCUGUACUACGAUUACGGCGGUUAUAA